AUGAAUCAAGAUCCGUCUCUGCCGUCAUGGCCAGAGCACGUCCCCGACGAAACCACCGCAGCCAUGAUUCCUACCACGACGGAUGACUAUACUAGUCUUCUCGAUUUCAAUUUUGAUCUGGCUGAAUUUGAUAGCGGUAAUGCUGGCGAGCGUCAGAACCAAAAUAUGGUGACCACAGCGCCGCCGCUCGUCCCAACGACUGGAAUGCAGGAUAUCAGUGGGUUGACUUCGAUGGAACAUAUCGCUACCAGCCAGCCACUUCGGGACCAGCAGCAGCAUUAUCCUGCCUCAGUCACAAUGGCGGGCAGUGAACCCGUUACGCCAAUGGAGAUACAAACUUCCAAUUCGAUGCCGCAGCAGCAGCACUAUUAUAUGAAACAACAGCAACAGUCUCAAAACGCUUAUUGUUCAAGUUAUGGCCAGCGUCACUCAUUUGUUCCACCUACACCUGAUAGCGCCGAUAUGCAUGGCGGGCCACAUAACUAUAAUCUUCGCCUCGAAACCGGGCACCAGCGAGGAUAUGAACCAUUUACGAGAGGGCUAGAGGAUCAGAGCUCAUUUACUCCUCUCAUGUCACCAGCUAUGACACCAUUAGAACAUCAGCUAAGAUUUCCCGAAUACACGACUCCAGGGGAAUAUCUAAGUCCACUUACAUCUCCAGCUUUGGAGGCACGACAAUCAAGCGGUGCCGGCUUCAAUUUCCCUAGUGGCUCGCAUAUGGACUACAGUUCUAUGUUGUCAUCGCCAACAGAAAUAUCGCAUCAACAUCCAGCAACCACAGGUCCAUUAACAAAUUCUCCGAAGCUUAUCCAAAAACAACGACGCAAGUCUCAGGCCUCUAGACUCUCACGACAAUCUCCCUUGGUUAGGCCUCAAAAUGGACGCUCCCGGCCGCAGACUGAAGCCGAGGCCCGCGCGCGAGCAAAAAAACUCUCUGCCCAAGCCGCUGCUAACAGAACUUCAAAUUCGCGCAAUUCUAGCAGCAAUGAGGGAUCUGGUCUGGACUCUGUGUCUCCCGAACCGCUUACGGAGCCACUGAUGCCACCACCCGCAUUACCUAGGUCUGGGAAGUCGCCGUACAUGGCUGCACAAGAUCAUCCAGCUACCAUGAGCGAAGUAGCGACCCCUGCAACCCUCAUGAAAUUACAGAAGCAGCAGAUUUCUCCUGGUAUGGAUGGAGAGUUCUCUAGGAAUGGAACGGUUGUUAUCGCCUCGGCGCCAGAGGAGCACAUGGAGGACAUAUCACUCCCGGAACCGGUUUCGCUCCAGGGAGCGCUAAGUGGUGAAAGCACACCGACAAUUCACGCCAAACCGUCUCAGAUUCUAAAACCGCGCACUGAAUCAAUAUCAGAACUAAAAGGGACAAACUCCGUUAACCCAAGUCCAGUAAUAAAAGCAAAAGGAUCGCCCAGCGGCCCGGUUGGCCUUAAACGUUCCGACUCAAAACAGAGUUCUCGAGUGACAAAGAAACGCCAGGGAAUGAGCGCUGCCCAGAGCCCAGCGCUGAGACCAAAAAUUAGCCCGAGUAUACAACCUCUCAUUCGUGCUGAUGGUGUAUCAAGCGAAACCUCAGCUCUACAUCUUGCCUCGAAAUCAAAUUACCAACAUAUCCUCGAAGGUACCCUCCUGCCGGGAGUAACCUACCCAGAAGCCCUUGCCGAAAAUCUAAGCUCCAAACGAACGAACCAUAAACUUGCCGAGCAAGGUCGCCGAAAUCGCAUUAAUUCCGCUCUCAAAGAGAUUGAAAGCUUGUUACCAACUUCACUAACUCACAAAGCCAAAGAGAAGGAGCAAAACAAGGAUUCCGCCGAUAGUAACUCGACAGGCGUUUCGAAAGUCCCCGAUAAACCUCCUACGAAUCAGCCCAUCAGCAAGGCAAGCACAGUUGAAAUGGCCAUCGUUUAUAUCAAAGCUUUGAAACAGGAGCUCGAGGACACUAAAGCCAAACUAAAGGCCGCAGAGUCAAAAUCGUGCAAUGAUCCUCCAAGUCAGAUUUCUGCGCCAGCUCCUGUUCCUGCGCCGAGCUCUGAACCAAAUUCUUUGCAGAUCUCUGCGGCCCAGAUUGAGAAGCAAGAUACCAUAAGUGGGGUCUCUGCUGCGAAUACCACCACGGAAUCAAAAUAA